GUCUUCUCCAAGUUCAUGGGCUCGGUUGAAGCAGCCAAAUACUUCCAACGAGCUGUCCAUCAUCCCCCGGGAGUUGACGGCAGACUUCUUUUACAUACCAGGGAGUCGCCGACUCUCCUUUUUCUUGUUUAUUAUUAUCAUUAGUUGUUUAAUGCAUUGCAAUUGACCGCCCGCCUGGCUAUCAGCAGAUCUUUCAUCCAUCUGUUGAAGCCCACCUCUCCCUCAUUUCUUCACCCCCCGCUCACCUCUCCUAAGCGACGACAAGACGAGCGAGGUGACUGUUCGCGCGGGCCAGUUCUCGCUCAAGAUGCUCGUUCGUCCCGGCGCCACACGAUACCCCUUUCCGAUGCGCCAGCUCUUGUCGUCCAGCGCCGUACGGCUUUCUCCCAGAUACUGCGUCGCCAUCCCCCGAAUUCCUGCGGAGACGCGGCGGGUUCUCACAACUGGAACCGAUGCGCGACCAUGGAGAAGGCGGCCAUCCCGUUCCCUUGGCGGGUUUGAACGCAACUUAGCGACUGCGUUCGAGGAGCAUCGGUUCGGUGACGAUGUGCCGUUCGAAGGCCUCCCCAUGAGCAUGGCUUCGCCACAACAGCCCCGCGACUCACGACCGCCUCUAUACAUGCUAAAGCCGUUCGAUACAUCGUCUCCGUUAGUCAUGGACAUCUCGAAAUCAGCCCCGCCCAGACAACGUAUCAACCACUAUGGCAUUCCUGGUGAUGUCGAAGAGAUGCUGUCCGUUUUCGAAGCUUGCGUUCAGGUCGGUAGGCUAGAUCGGGCCGCUCUAGUCCUAAAGCGAUUCGCCAGGAUGAACAUUCUAGACCCUCACGAGACGAUGGAGCUUCACAACCGUUACCUACAAGGACGCAUCUCACAGCUCGAGGCGGACCCACAACCGGAGAAGGCUGAAGAGGUACACAAGUGGUUCGAGUUACACGUUCGGGCACAAGGGCUACCGUUCACCCCGGUCACAAUCGCCUACAUGCUCAAGACGACCCUCCUUACCUCACGGGGCGCGGAGCUGGAGAGGCGACUUGACCGCUAUAUGAGCAUGAUGCCCCAGCAAAGCGCCACCGAACCCCUGGAUCUGGGUGAUGUUCUCACCGACGAGGACCUGGCGACGAUCGCCCAACUGUGCCCUGACUACUACUUGCCCGAGGAUACCUCUGGAUUUGCUGAUGCCGAUGGCGCCGAGAUUGAAGGUAGCGAGUUGGGGGAACUGGAGCUUCAGGGCGGCCACCGAGAGAAGGCAUCGGCCGCCAAUUUGGAAGUCCUAGCUACACCACAAAAGGGAAUGGGGCUCAACUCCUUGAAGAACACCCUAUCGUUGUUCAACGAGCUCCCCGAUGGGCUAGAUAUCGCUUCCCUUCCUUAUUCCCAACGCCGCGAGGUUCAAGCGAAGCUGGAAAGGGACUGCGUCGAUGCUGCGAUAGACAGGUGGCGGAAUGAAAACGAGUCGCUCAUGAGUAUGGGACUGAACACGCAGCUCGCGACCCCGUCUCUGAGCUCGAGGUUGUACGACUGGCACAAGGCCUUGGAGGCCCGCCUUGCCGAGGAGCAAGGCAAAGUCGCGGUGUCCGAGGCAGCGCCCAAGAAGACGAAAGAGGACCUCGAUCGCUGCGUAUACGGGCCUCAUCUUCUGCAGGCACCUCCUCACCGCCUCGCCGCCGUGACCAUUCUCAGCGCUCUCAGUCUGCUCGCCAUGAACGGUGCCGACAAGGGUGUGCCUGUUUCGAGUAUGGUGCAGCAAGUGGCCAAGAUCGCGGAAGAAGACAUCCGACAUCUAUUGCUCUCCCAAAGUCUCCCCAACGCGAAGUCGAAAUCACGCAAGCAGCGGAAUGCCCGGCAAUUAAUGCGGCAGCGAGACGUGGUUGCGAAAGAGCCCGAGAGCGUACCGGAGGCAACCCAGGCCAGCACAUCCGCGAUUCCCGCCACGACCGAGCGAGCGGAAGGCCGCUGGCCUCUGGCCAUCAGAGUAAAAAUCGGCGCUGUGCUGCUCGGGGCUUUGAUCGACACGGCCAAAGUCGUGGUCCACCGGGAACACCCAGACACCAAAAGGCUGAUGACACAGUUGCAGCCAGCCUUCACGCACUCGGUGCAGCUCAAAAAGGGCAGGAAAGUGGGCGUCAUCCAGGCGAACCGCGCCUUGGUCGAUCUGAUGAAGCGGGAGCCAAGGGGCGAAGCCCUUGCUCGCCACCUGCCCAUGCUUGUCGAACCGGAACCGUGGUCCAAGUUCGACAAAGGCGGUUUUAUCGGAUGCACCAGCCCUCUCAUCCGGCUGAAGAGUCAUGAAAAGGAUCAGCGCAUCUAUGCCGAGGCGGCCAUCGAGCGCGGAGACAUGGAGCAGAUGAUGCGGGGCCUGGAUGUGCUGGGCAAGACCGCUUGGCGAAUCAACCGCCCCGUCUUCGAUGUGAUGCUGGAGGCGUGGAAUACGGGGGAGGAAUUUGCCAACUUCCCGGCGCUAUAUCCCAACAUCCCUAUUCCCCCGGAGCCGGAUUCGACCGACGACCCGAUGAAGAGGCGGCUGUGGCUUCGGGCAAUCAAAGCCGCCGAGAAUGAGAAGUCGGGCAUGCAUUCAGUCCGCUGCUUCAUCAACUUCCAACUCGAAAUCGCCAGGGCGUUUCGGGACCAGACGUUCUACUUCCCUCACAACCUCGACUUCCGCGGACGCGCAUACCCGCUGCCGACCUACCUGAACCACAUGGGCGCGGACCACAUGCGCGGCCUGCUGCUCUUUGCCAAGGGGAAGCCUCUCGGAGAGAGCGGGCUGCGGUGGCUGAAGGUUCACCUCGCCAACGUGUAUGGAUUCGACAAGGCCAGCUUGCAGGAGCGCGAAGACUUUGCAACCAACAACCUGGACAAGAUUUUCGACUCGGCCGAUAACCCGCUCACCGGUAAGCGGUGGUGGCUCGAGGCCGAAGACCCGUGGCAGUGCCUUGCGACAUGCUUCGAGUUGAAGGCCGCGCUGUCAUCUCCGGACCCCACGGCUCAUGUCUCUCACCUGCCGGUACAUCAGGAUGGCACGUGCAACGGCUUGCAGCAUUACGCUGCUCUCGGAGGCGACACUUGGGGUGCGCAGCAGGUGAAUCUUCUGCCGGGAGAGCGGCCUGCCGACGUCUACUCGGCCGUCGCCGAGCUGGUACAGGAGAAAAUGACGGAAGACGCCUUGGCGGGCAACAUGUUCGCCAAGGCUCUGGACGGCAAGAUCAAGAGGAAAGUGGUCAAGCAGACAGUCAUGACCAACGUCUACGGUGUUACAUUCAUCGGCGCCAAGAAGCAGGUCCAGAAGCAGCUCGAUGCGUUGUAUCCGGACCUCGAGAAGGAGACGGGCGUAAGCUCACAAAUACUUGCGUCAUACGUCGCUUCCAAGGUGUUUGUGGCGCUGUCGACCAUGUUCCGCGGCGCUCACGACAUACAGAACUGGCUGGGUGAGAUUGGCGGCCGUGUUUGCCGAGCCAUGACUCCCGAACAGUUAGACCGGCUCGCUGAGGAGUCGGGCGAGGUUGCAAAGAAGCCCAGGGGCAAGGUGAAGUACACCUCGGCGGAACAGGAGAUGGCUACUCAGUUCCGUAAUACGCUUGUGUGGACGACACCUCUCCGAAUGCCGGUAGUCCAGCCUUACAGGAAGAGCGGCACGCGGAUGAUCCCGACCUGUCUCCAGGACCUCAUUCUCACCGCCUCGGACCGCGACGAUCCCGUGAACCGGCGGAAGCAGCUCCAAGCAUUUCCGCCCAACUUCAUCCAUUCCCUGGACGCUAGCCACAUGAUGCUGUCGGCGCUCGAGUGCGACGAGAUCGGCCUUACCUUUGCUGCCGUCCACGACUCGUUCUGGACGCACGCUGCCGACGUGGAUGCUAUGAACACGGUGCUCCGCGACGCCUUCAUCCGGAUCCACCAGGAGGAUGUCAUCGGCCGCCUCAAGUCGGAAUUCGAAGCUAGGUACCGGGGAUCAAUCUACCGUGCCAAGAUUGACCCAACCACGGACGUUGCCAAGCAGAUCCUCAAAUACCGCAAGGAAAGCCGGCUAAGCAUCAAGGAGGAGCUAUUGCUGGAGAGACGACGCCAAGUACUCCUUCGCUCGGCUGACCCGGAGGAGGUGAGGCGGGGAAGGGAAAUGGUCACGCCCGCUAGCAUCUUUGAGAAGAUGGCGACGCCGGACAUGAUCGCAAACGAGGUCGAACCUGAAGACCUCGAGCAGGAGGCGACUGACGACGAAGAUGCGACGGGCGAGAGCGCGCACGAGGCGGACGACGGCGGCGAGACGGGCGACAGCGCUGAGUCGUUGAUCGUGGACCCUGGUCUCCCGGCCUGCCCGAGAGACGGAACGGAGGGCAUGGAGAACUUCGGGACGCGACUCGCCGAUCUCCACGGGACCAACUACUUCCUCAUGGAGAUGACCAAGUCGCAAAGGAGGGUCACCAAGACCACGCAGAAAGACAUGCUUUCGCUGUGGCUACCGCUCACCUUCCCGGCGAUCCCCAAGAAGGGCAGCUUUGAUGUGACAAAGCUCAAGGAGAGCAAGUACUUCUUCUCUUAAGCUGGACCCGUCACAGCCGGCGGGUUAUGUACGUCUGUGUGUUUCUUGUACAUUUAACAGGUCCAUUGUGGCGUUCUUGUUCUAUAUGUUGUUAUGUCGGGAGGUAUGGCAUGAUUGGGCACGGAGUUUUCGAAAAGAAGGGGCUGCGUGUUGCAUGGGCUGCAUGUAUAUUCACGUCUGAUGGGGCAUGUACUGGGAUGUCUCUAUGCAUCUAGAACUUUCGUAUAGUAGACGAAGAGCAUAUAUGCAAGCGUUAAUUCUG